CUUCUAUAUCUGGGAGGAGUUUGUUCUCGCCUCGACCCUGAUCCGAUAAGCUCCCUGCCUCACACUCAGUAAACAUCCACAGACCUUCAAAAUGAGAAUUCUGUGCCUUCAUGGACGCGGCUCUAACAACGACAUCUUCAAGAUGCAGACGGCGGGCUUCCGCUCUCAACUCGAUGACUUCGAAUUUGAGUUCGUUCAAGGCACCAUCGGGCACGCCAAAGAGGGCUGGGCCAUUCACACCGACACCUUCGCCAACUCGGGCCUGUGGGAGUACUACGACCUGCUAGACCCCUACAACGUCAUCGAAACAGAGCAAGAGCUGCUCCAGCUCAUCGAAGACGACGGGCCCUACGACGGCGUGCUUGGCUACUCCCAAGGCGCCUCCCUCGCCGCCCAAGCCAUCAUCCGCUUCGCCGUCGAAAACCCCACCGCCACCGCCGACCAGUUUCCCUUCCGCUUCGCCGUCUUCAUCAACUGCCCGACGCCCAUCCGCAUCCUCGAGAUGGACGAGAAAGUCGAGCCUGACAUCCCGAAGCCUGAGGAAGCCGACGCGAAUUUGUACAGGAUGCUGGCAAGAGCGAACCCGCUCUUGGACUCGAAUUCGCUGUUCCCUGCGAGGUUGGGGAAUGGGAGGAGGAUUUUGACGGAUAAUACGGUGGGGCUGACGAAGGCGGAUGCGGCGUUGGAUGGGCAGCUGAUUAAGAUCCCGACGCUGCAUAUUCGCUGCCCGGAGGAUAAGGAGCAGUUUGGGCUGGAGGCGUAUGAGCUUUGUGAGAAGAGUGAGGCGAGGCAGUUCUUUCAUCAUCAUGAUCAUGAUUUUCCUCGUGGGUAUGAGGAGAUGAGGGCGAUUGCGAAGGAGAUUCGGUCGCUGGCGGAGGCGGCGUAG